GAUGAUUGGGGCCUGGAUUUGCCACGUGGACAAACAGGUGACUUGCACGUGCUGGGUGCACGGGCACCGCCACGGCCCGGGCUUCUCCGAUUUGUGCAUCUCUCGGACACCAUUCCAGUGCUCCCAAACUCGGGAAAUCGGAGCUGACUGGGCCGCCGGGACUGGUAACUCAGCCCCUGACGGCAGGACGACGACAACGAUGAUGACAAGGCCUCUCAAGUCUUCCACCAAGCGACCCGCCCUCCUCCACCUCGUCUGCGCCGCCGCCGUUUUCUCCCUCAUCGUUUUCGCCAUUCAGUCCUACCUUUUCACUGGCACCAGGAAACUCGAUCUGAGCAGAAAAGAAGAAGUCCGGAUCUUGUCUGAUUUUCAGUCCAGUGUCCAGCAAUGCGUGGCAAACCGAGGGCUUGGACUUACAGCACAUAUAAUUGACCACUGUAAAUUGAUUCUUAAGUUUCCUGAAGGCACUAACAGCACUUGGUACAAUGAACAAUUUAAAAUCUAUGAACCCUUGGAGUACCAUUACGAUGUUUGUGAGGCAAUUCUGUUGUGGGAACAGUACCGUAAUAUGACUACAGUGUUGACAAGAGAAUACCUAGAUGUGCGGCCUGAUGGGUGGUUAGACUAUGCAGCAAAACGGGUAGCACAGUUAGGUGCGGACAAAUGCUACAAUCACUCUCUUUGUGAGGAGCACCUUAACUUAAUUUUGCCAGCAAAGCCGCCCUUUCACCCACGACAGUUUGAGAGAUGUGCAGUUGUUGGAAAUUCAGGAGAUCUCUUAAAGACAGAGUUUGGAGAAGAAAUUGACAGUCAUGAUGCUGUGAUACGAGAUAAUGAGGCCCCUGUUAAUAAGAAAUUUGCCAAGUAUGUUGGUUUGAAGAGGGAUUUUCGCUUAGUAGUGAGAGGUGCUGCUCGUAACAUGGUUAAAAUUCUCAAUGGAUCCGCUGAUGAAGUCCUUGUUAUCAAAAGUGUGACCCACAGGGACUUCAACGCAAUGAUAAAGAGUAUUCCAAAUCCAGUUUAUCUAUUCCAGGGUAUUGUGUUACGUAGAGGGGCCAAGGGAACUGGAAUGAAAUCUAUAGAACUGGCACUUUCCAUGUGUGACAUUGUUGACAUAUAUGGUUUCACAGUUGAUCCAGGCUAUACAGAAUGGACCCGAUACUUCUCUACACCAAGGAAAGGGCACAAUCCACUUCAAGGGCGGGCUUAUUACCAACUUCUAGAAUGUCUUGGUGUCAUUAGAAUUCAUUCUCCCAUGAGAUCAAAGAGGAAGCAAGAUUGGUCUGAUGUUCCAAGCCGAGAAAUGAUAGGCAGUGCUCAUGCAGCUGCUUUGCGCUUGAAGAGGAGUCAAACUGGCCAAGCUGGUGGGUUGGGACAAUUUGGUAGCUGUAAGGUGUGGGGCACUGCGAGUCCAGAUGAGAGUAUGCCCAUCUCUGGAUCUCCAGACAUGUCUACUGUCAGAAAGUCUUCAAAUUACAGUAAAUGGGAAGUCAUGCCAUUCGAGAGUCUCAGAAAGGAGGCACAGGAUCACUACGGACAGAUGCAAAGUGUCACACUAUACAAAAUGGAUGGCAAUAAGUUGGAUGAUCUGGUUUGUGUGAGGCAUUCCUCAAGAUCUGAUGCAUAAUCAAACCGCAACGGGGCCUCUCAUAUUCAGACGGAAUGACUGGUUGAUGGCAAGCCCUAAUUAAUUCGCCUCACAUCUUGAAGAAUUUAUCAUACGGCUUCUUUGAUGGAGACCCUGCGAAUUAGUACUACCAUUCCCUUCACCUUGCUGGAUCAAAACAAAACAUGAUCCGGUCAAAAUGUACAACCCAUAGGGCAGUGAGAUCAUAGGAUCUAGCCAACAUGUCAAGGAGAUCAGAGAUUGCCCGACCUCAGCAUUUCAUGCCCUUGUGUUGAAAUUGUUCUUCUGCCUGAGUGUUGAAGAUUUUUGGGAACAUUACUUCUUGUUUAAAUAGCAUGCACUUCUCUUUUUUAAGGCUUAGAUUGUGCUAGUUUUAUGUUUCUGUUCUGUCUUAAUUCUUUUCAGUUUGCUACAUGAGGAUGUUGCCACAUUCAACUUCGUUCUUACCAUGCAAAACAUGUGUUCUUGACCGGAUAAUCUGUAGAUGCCCCAGUCCUAGAGAGUUCAUGUUUUAAGUUGAUUGAGCAACUGAUCUGCCA